GUGGUCACAUACCGGCUCGGUUGGCGUUCACAUUCGUUUCCGUCAGUGUCGUCGGCACCAGGGGAAAAAGUGAGAUCACCGUGUGUGCGAUUAUGACGAAUCCUGGUUACGGAGGUGCGGUCGGUACUUCGCAGGGCCUAGAAUUGACGUCGGAUUUAGGUGUGGAAAGGGGCUCGAUAAGCCGCCGUCGUCGCCGUAAUCGGUAAAAGUCGCGCUCUCGGUGGAGCAGCCUGGAAUAUGUCGAUUCUCUAGAGAGAUAAGCGCGGAUCGAGUCGGGUGUUUCCAACGGAAGGCGCCGUGCCCGAUUGGCCGGUCGCAAGGGUCGUGGUGGGUGCAACGGGUGCGCAGGUGGACACGGUGUGUCGCGACCGUUCGCGAGGAACUAGAGAGAUCGCCAAGUGUCAAACGUCGAGGUGACCAUGAAGAAACAAUUUUUUAGGGUGAAGCAGCUCGCCGAUCAAACGUUCUCCAGAGCGGGAAAAACAGAAGUCUUAACGGAUGACCUGCAAGCUGCGGAUAAGCACGUGGAACAGAUCAGAGCAGCACUUAUUGGACUCAGUAAACGACUUGGAAACCCACCGAAUCAGGCAGUAGCACAAGAUCCUGCACAUAAAGAGAAACGCCUGAAAAAAUGUCCAGAAUACAUUCUCGGUCAGACGAUGCUAGAGAAUGCAGGUGACGAGGGCCUGAUGAGUUUUGCCCUUUUGGAAUGUGGAAGGGCACAGGUGGCAUUGGCUCAGGAGACAAUGGAUCACGAAUCCAAGGUGGAGCAGUAUGUCGCUGCUCCUCUACAGCACAUCUUAGAGACAGAUGUGCCAAACAUCUUGAAGCACAAAAGAAACCUGGCUAGGCUUACCCUGGACAUGGACAGCGCGAGGACCCGAUACCAGCAAGCCAGCAAGCACAGUGCUGGAGGUGCGGGCGCCACGAAGGUCGACAGCUUGCGGGAGGAAUUGGAGGAGGCCGAGGCCAAGGUCGAGCAGUGUCGCGAUCAACUAGCUGCAGACAUGUUUCAACUAUUGUCUCGGGAGACCGAAUUGGCGCAGACCGUUAUUCAGUAUGUCAAGUUACAAAGGGCCUACCACGAGAGUGCUUUACACUGCCUGGAAGAGCUGAUCCCAGGCCUAGAGAGUUACAUCAAUGACAACGAGAUGAAACCAGUGUACGGUUACCCUUUGGAGGAGCAUCUGCGAGUGACCAACAGAAAAAUCGCGCUGCCCAUUCAGUUGUGCGUCUCCGCGUUAUUACGACUUGGCAUGGAAGAAGAGGGCCUUUUUCGAAUAGCUGGUGGAGCAUCGAAGCUACGUAGGAUCAAGCUGAGCCUCGAUGCCUGCUGCCUGACUCUGCCUACGGCACUGGAGUACAAGGAUCCCCACGUAGUGGCAGGUGCUCUGAAAUCCUACCUCCGAGAGCUGCCGGAGCCUCUUCUCACGUUCAAGUUGUAUCCAGAAUGGAUGGCGGCUGCAAAAAUCACCCAAAACGACUUUAGGCUCAGGGCCCUUUGGGAGGUCCUUCACAAACUGCCACCCUCGAACCUAGAAAACCUCAGGUUCCUCAUAAAGUUUCUGGCGGUCCUCACAAAAAAUCAGGACGUAAAUAAAAUGUCCCCGCAAAACAUCGCCAUCGUCAUCGCCCCGAACUUGAUCUGGAGCCCUCAGGAGGAUGUGAACACCAUGGUGAUGAACAUGAGCACCGCUAACAACUCUAGUCUUAUUGUGGACCAGCUGAUCACGUACGCCGACUGGUUCUUCCCGGGGGAGGUAGACUUCGACCGUGACUUGGACAUCGGUAUCGUGAACGGCUCGGAGAACCAAUUGGUAGGAAUGCGCCGGGCAGUCUCGAACAGCAGCCUGAGUGACCAUGGGGAGAGUCCUCCCCAGGGGAGUCCCAAACCGGCCACCCGGAGGAAAAAUAAGCCGGCCCCUACACCUCCAGGAAACACCCCUGACAAGCAGGAGAGGAGAUGUGACGACAAACCCCCGCCAGCCCCGGACAAACCCCCGAGACCUUUGACAACCAUCCCGCUGACGAGAUCUGCCCAUAAACCCGCGAGACAGGACCAGGAAACGACGAUGGCUCCUACCAAGGAGCACGUCGCGGCCCUCCGAGAAAUCAGGUCGGACACGUCGGAGGGAGUUCCGGAGGUCGACGGGAAGCCUUUGGGAUUCGAAAUCGUUGCCGAGGACUCCUCGGCCUCGGAGGUCCUGGAACGUUUCUCGGAAGUCAAAAUGCCCCAGGAGUCACCGAAAAGCGACUCGAGAGUGGAGAGGCACGACCUGGACCGCAAAAACAGCCCACCGAUUGGCUUUGAAGGUCUCGUUCCUAGAAGCAUUUCAGAGAAUCCUCAGAACAAGGCAAUCCUUGGGGACUCGCAAGACUCCGGAGAUCCUGGGGCCAAAGCGAAGCCUGUGCCUGCCGAGAAACCGUCGCCGUCCACCUUGGAGAGAAGAAGAGUGCCUGUAGCUGCGCCUAGAAGUGUCACCAAUGUUAUUCAUCAUAAUCCAGUUCCUGCUGCCGGCUGCGUUGAAGACGUGGUGGAGCUCCGUAGGAAACCGGAAGACCAAACCGGUAUAGUUCCGGGAAACAACAGUACCGAUAGGAGCAGCAAACCUGCGGUACCCGAGAGACCUGCAGGUCUCGCAAGGCCAGCAAGUCUGAUCAGGCACCAGCAUCGCCAGAGCAAUGAGAAUCUGGACAUCGACUCCGGGCCCCUAACGUUGGAAAGGGCGCACGUGUACUCGGUGGAGAAGCAACAGGUCAGUAUAAUACGAGUGCGCGGUGGAGGCGGCCACAGCCCCGCCGAGAGCAAUGGCACUGGCUCGGGUUCGAUCUUGCAGAGAAGCCCGAGCGUGGGGAGCCGACCCUCCUCGGGGAUGGUCCCGGCCUCGGUCCCGGUCCUGGCUCCGAUCCCGGGGUCGGCUGUCGCGGAUCGUCCCGAGAAGCCUCCACGGCCGGACGCGCCCCGGGAACAGCAUACCCGGUCCUCGCACGCGAGGACCCGAUCCGAGGGUAACAUCGUUGACGUGCAGACUCAGACGGAGGCCACCCAAGGAAUGCCGAAGUCGCCGCAACCGGCCUCGCCGAGGUUCCUUCAACGUCCACCUAGGCCCCAGCCGCCUCCGCCGCCCCCGCCCAUCGCCGCCAAACUGAGAGCCGAAAACGAGAGUACCAAUCUUUAAACCAGGCGAGCUCGGACGAUGGAAACGAGGACGAGGUGGAAAGCGACGUAGACCGGUGGAAGCUGAAUUUUCAGUUUUAACGCCCAGUUUUGGAUGGUUAUUGUGGAGGAGGACCAACGAAGACAACGGAGGGUCCCGGCGGGAUCCCGAACGAUGACGCCGAAGCAAGGGAAAUCGAAUUCCGCGGCUGGAAGGUCAGCGCAAAAACUAAGCUAACGAUAAUUCGGAAGAGCGGGAGACGCGAAUAGUCUGGAUUCACCGAGGUUUGAGAGACAAUUGGGACCUCUUAGAUAUUUUAAUGAGCUUUUACCCCAUAUAACUGGGAGGUCCGGAGGAAGUGGGAUCGAGUGCCGGAGCGAAACAAUGUUUUCUGUCCCUCGAUUCUGGGCAUGAUCUCUAUUUUCGAUACGCAGCUAAGCGCACAAUACCCGGUGUGCUCGCAAGAUGAGAACCGUAAAGAUAAUUUUUCGACGUUUCUGAGACAGUUUUACUCUGCUAUCCUCUACGUAAAAAAGACCUUUGGAAUGGUUUCACCGCCUUUGGAGGCCUUUCAAUGACAGUGUAUUUAUUAAGUGCUAUUCAAAUUAAAGAGAACCGUCGUGCAUGAGAAGGAACAGCCAAGUGUCAAUCGGGGGCUCGACAUGGUCGAUCGUGAGUUAAUGACGGUUACUUUUAUUAUAGGUUGUGUAAGUUAACGGCUCGCCCAAAGUGAAAUGCAAAGUAUAGGUGUCUAAGAUUCAAGUUAAAAUUCUGAGGUAACCUCGCAAAGCGAGACAAGUCGAGUCGCAUAUUCCACGUGAGAUGCACGUUGCUAGGAAUUCCUAUUUCUCAUUUCCGUUUUUUGUAAUGAUGUGCCUUUUUAUCGAGUUAGGUUAUUUUGCAUUCGGAGGUUAAGGGACGUUGGUCCGGCGUGGCGCUGAUGGCGAAGCACGCAUUUACCUAAGGGAAGCUUAGGCUGUGAGUAUAUCGGAAUACUAGAAGACUUAUUUGUAUAUAAAAUAAAAUGUUUCUCCACUCA